UAAAAAUAAGUGAACCUGGUUUUUCACAGUUUGAUGUGCCCAAGCUCAGUGUGAGGGGGCCAAGGCCAUCAGGCUGUGCCUGGCCCAGCAGCACAGAGCUCAGUGUGGCAGCAGCAGAUAGCAGGGGUGGGUUCAGCACUGCUGGGGAUUGGGAAAAGUGUUUGCUUGGGAACUCCAGCACGGCUGGCAGGUGAUACACCUUGCCUGCCAUUGGAUCUGAUUUCUGCUUGCCAACCAGCAUUAAACACGUUAUCUCUGCCCAGCAGGUAUGGUUUCAAAGCUGGCGAGUGUCUGUGCUGGGGACAAGCAUUAAUACCUGGGAAUUUAUGCAUUAGGGCUUGUGAGACACUCGCUCUGCUGGAGAGCAAAUCCAGCUGCUUAAAAGCUCGGUACAUCAAGUUGAGUUCAGCAUCCAUUGAAAUAUUUUGGCUGUGCCUAUCCCUCGGUGCUUUCCAUUCAUCUGAGCUGCUGCUAGGACUCAGAACUGCUCAGCUGCAGAGUCUCUUUGGGGGAUGUUUCUCCCUUGAGCUGGUUCUUGCUGCCUUUCCUGAGCGGCUCCGUGGAACUUUCACUGAACACAAGGAAUCACUGGUGUGUCCACGCCGGGCACAGGAGCCACAGCUGGAGAUCUGCUGCAAAAGGUGCUGUCUUAAGCAUCAGAGAAUGCAAACAAGCUGCUAUUGUAGGCUGGAGUUAUAAAUAUCAGGCUAUUAUGGAAGCAGUUUUAAUGAAGGAAAUGACUUGCCACUAUUCAUGCUGAUUGUGGCGUGGGUUUUUGUUUGUUACCCCAUUAAGAGGUUAAAAAAAGGCAACUGUAGCUUCUUUGUGUCCUUUAGAGUGGCUUUCUCUGUCAGAACUGCAGCACUGGGGCUCUGGAGGUGGGGAGGCAGAGAUUAUUCUUACAGACAACGCUUUUCUCUAGUUUGAAAUGAAAAAUCAGGACUGACAAAGAGUGUCUGGCUUUUUUCUUUUUUUAAGAGUAUACCAUAAAAUCUAAACUUCCAGCCUUGCCUUCAAGGUACCUGAAGGUAUUUAUUGGCAUAUAUUUUGUGAGGAUGAUGGUAUGUUUUUAUCACUGUCUGUGGGUGAGAGUCUGGCUGCUCCCACCGUGUGUGAUGCUGGCAGAUCACCUCUGUUUGCUUUGCUGCAAGAGUGGCUGCUGUUUGCUUCUUCCAGGUGUGACCCCUGACACCCCACCCCUCCCCAGGCUGGGGCCAUGGCUGAUAUGAUUUUCGGCAGCGGGACAGGCCCCUGGGUCUGCCCCAACGACCGGCAGCUGGCCCUGCGAGCCAAGCUCCAGACGGGCUGGUCAGUGCACACAUUCCAGACUGAGAAGCAGAGGAAGAUGCAGGCUCUGAGCCCCAAGGAACUUGAGGUCAUCCUGGGAGUCAUCCGCAAGGCCGAGAAGCUGGACGUGGUCGAGCAGCAGCGCAUUGGGCGCCUGGUGGAGAGGCUGGAGAACAUGAGGAAGAACGCGAUGGGGAACGGCCUCUCGCAGUGCCUGCUCUGUGGGGAGAUGCUGGGGCUGCUGGGCAGCUCCUCUGUCUUCUGCCAGGACUGCAAAAAGGUGGGUUUGGUCACACGUGCCUGCUCCUGGCAGCAGAGCUCUCUAGGAAAUGCCACCGGGCCCCUUGGAAGCUGGAGAGCUCUGCAGGGUUAACUCAUUUUAUUCUCAGUGGUGCUGUCAGACCAUUGAGUUUUCUGUUGCAGCCUGAUGAUAAUAAGAGAUUCCUUGGGAUCCUAAAGUGCCUGAGCUGCAGUCAGUGCUGGAAUGGGAUGUGCCAGCCCCUCUGCAUCUCCCAGCUGGGGUUUGCAGUGUGGGAUGAGGGACAGAAAUGUGCAGCCAUCAAAGACAACUCACAACAGAGUCUGUGAGCUUUGCUCAGAGACUUUCCCUGAGACUUUCCAAGAGGACUCAGGUCCAUCCUCAAGCUCCAAACCUGUGUAAGUUUUCCAGCCCAGAGCCUCAGGGCCUGCCUGUGUUGUGUGUGUUGACAGGGAGAGCCCCAGGGAUGAUUCCUGCUGCUCUUGGCUCCACAGCCGAGGGGUUAAUCUGUGCUGCUGUGGAGAUGAUGAUCUCCAGGGCAACCACCUCAUCCUGCCUCUGCUGGGAGGUGGUUCUCCUGCUCUUGAAGCCCACCUUCCCCUGGGGACUCAUCUCUGGGAAUUCCUUCAUCUCAGCAAGGUGAGGGCACCUGCUGAGUGCUGGGGUGUUUCUGACUCAGAAAAACCUGCUGCUUUACCACGGACUGGUGGUUGGACCAUGGGGGACAACCUUUUGUGGCACUGCUGGCCUUUGUGGGACACAGUUCUGGUGCAGAGCAGCUGCUGUGAGCUCUGCUGGAGCAAUGCAGGGAUUAUGCAGAAGAUUCCUUCUAAAUGCAGUGCCUGGGAAAGGAAACACAAAUCUUGGAGCCCCUGGGUCCUAAACUGUGGGGAAAGCAGCUUUUGAGGAAGGGGUGUGGAAGGAAGCAGGAGUGGGGAGUGAAAGGUCUGGUUUGAAUGGGAGCAGCUCUGAGAGCAGCAUGGUCUCUACACUGUGAGGAAUAAAGGCUUGGGUGGCAGGCAGGAGAUUCUUGGCUGUUUCCUGUGUUCCAGACAUGUGGAAUAACAGGAUGUGCUCUGUUCCUGCCUCCUUCCUGUGGCAGUUCUGCUCUCACCUUGUCAGGAGCCAGCUAAGUCACGUUGCCACGGGGCUUUUUAACCAACUUCCUGUGAACCCUGUACACGAUUGAGGAGGCAGAGGCUGCUUCAGACACUUCCGAGCCCUGUCCAUUUCCAGGAGUGACCCACAGCUGGUGGGACAGUGUGAGCCUGAGGCUCUGGGAGGGCUGUGACCAGAAACCCCCAG